AUGUCGCUAUUUAUUAAAAUUGCAUCGUGUAUUCAUUGUUUUAAAUGUGAAGAAGAAGCAAUAGACGGGUCGUUGUUAUGCAAACAUUUCGAUGGCGGCGACAAAUUCUUAGUAGACUGUGUACACUCUACCAUGUGUUUUAAAAGAGAGACAACCCAUACAUUUGGAGAUGAAAUGUCGUCAGUGACUAUAGUUCAAAGGGGAUGCGCGCCACAAACACUAAACGGCGACCAGGCGAAAAUAAACGGGAAAUGGCGGCCAGUGAACACUACAUAUGAAGUGUACGAGGAAGCUUGUAAGGAAGAUGUUUCCGAGUUACGAGUCGCUAAAAUCAUUAACUGCUAUUGUAGAGGACAUCUUUGUAAUAACUCUAAAGCAGUUUUAAUAGGUACCUAUGAGGCUAAAAAAGAAAUUGUCAGUUUAAAACUUUCACCAUCACAUAUUAUAUGCUAUGAGACUUGUGAAUGCGAGUUU